AGUCAUAUUGUCAUAGUGACAGAGUGAGUCACAUAUCCCAAAAUUCCAAUCACAUCCCUCUACAGUUGAGCUCUAGUCUCUACUAGUACAACCUCCCUUCACCAAUCACCACACUCUUCUCCAAUGAAAUCGUGCUCCACAAAAUCUCAUCCAAUAAACAACUAAACCACCAGCUCUCCCUACAAACACAACAACCCCAAAAAAAAAACUAUCAACACAAAAAUGGAAAACACCAACACAAAACCAAAAACCAAGCACGUAGUCAUAAUCCCAAGUCCAGGAAUGGGUCAUGUUAUCCCACUCGUAGAAUUCGCAAAACUCCUCCACUUCAACCAUCACUUCUCAAUCUCUCUCCUCCUACCAAACUCCGGACCACCAACUUCUGCUUUAACAACUUUCUUAGCCACUUUACCGUCUGCCAUAUCCUACACAUUUCUCCCUUCUGUCGACCCAACUCUCCUCCCUCCUAACGUAGCUCAUGAAGUUACCAUCAAUAUCAUCCACUCUCACUCUCUUUCAUCUGCACGAUCUGCUAUCUCUUCGCUAUCUAAUGUUGUUGCUGUCGUUACCGAUCUCUUCGGUACCGACUACUUUCAAGUUGCUCGCGAGCUGCUCAUCUCGCCUUUUUUGUAUAUUACUACCAACGCUUAUGCGUUGAUGUUCUUUUUUAACUUCCCACGGGUGUAUAAAACAGUGUCGUGUGAGUUCCGGGAUAUGGAGGAUCCAUUGGUAAUGCCUGGGUGUGUGCCGCUUUAUGGUAAGGAUUUUGUUGAUCCUGUGCAGGAUCGUAAUGAUGAGGCUUAUCAUGUGUUUCUUUAUCAUAUUCAGAGGUAUAAUAUGGCUGAGGGUAUUUUUGUUAAUUCCUUUGUGGAUCUUGAGCCCGGUCCGAUUAAUGCUUUGAGAUCCGGGGAUUCAAAUUCGACUAAAAUCUACCCGGUUGGACCGGUGAUUCAAUCCGGUUUGGGAGGGGAUUCGGAUGACAGGUUCGAGUGUUUGACUUGGUUGGACCGGGAACCACCCGGUUCGGUUUUAUUUGUAUCAUUUGGGAGUGGGGGGACUUUAACUUAUGAACAGAUUAUUGAGUUGGCAGUUGGGUUAGAAAAAAGUGAGCAAAGGUUCUUGUGGGUUGUUAGAGCUCCUAGUAAUUCAACUUUUGGGUCGUUUUUCACACAAGGUAAUAAAGAUAAUCCCUUCGGGUUUCUUCCUGAGGGUUACUUGGAUAGGAUUAAGGAUCGUGGAUUGUUAGUCCCGUCUUGGGCCCCGCAAAUUAAAGUUUUGAGCCAUAAGUCUACGGGUGGGUUUUUGACUCAUUGUGGGUGGAAUUCAACUUUAGAGAGUAUUGUGUACGGGGUGCCCCUGAUUGCUUGGCCGCUUUAUGCAGAGCAGAAGAUGAAUGCUGUAAUGCUUAAUGAAGGGCUUAAGGUCGCGUUGCGGCCUAAGGCUAGUGAAAGUGGACUUGUCGAAGCAGAUGAGGUUGCUAGAGUUGUCAAGGAUUUGAUGGAAGGUGAAGAAGGUAAGAAAGCAAGAGAGAAGAUGAAGGAAUUUAGUGAAUUAGCUAGAAAGACAAGGAGUCAAGAUGGAGAUUCUACACGAACUCUUAGCCAAGUUGCUCAAAUAUGGAGUCAAAAGUAAUUGAACUCCAAAAAUGAUUUACGGUGUCUUUUAACACUGUUUAUUUGUCUGCCAAGAAACUACCUUUAUGCAAAUGUGAGAAAAUAUCAAGAUGUCCUUGUAACACAUCCAAUAAUCGAUUGUACACUUCUACUUUACGAGCAAAUUUCUUACUUGUAUUUUGAGUUUGGUAAAUUGGUGUUACUUCCUCC